UUCCCACCUCGUAAAUCCUCAGAUCCCACGAUACGUUCCCGACUGUUAACCGCAAUCCGUUACAACAACCGUCGGCUAUCCCGAUAAAUCUUCUCGCCAGCCUGAUGGUGUCCCUCGACGAGCCUAACACAGUGCGCGCUUUCACAGAUGGAGAGUCCUCGCGUGCCGUGAAAAAAAGAAAAAGUACGCGUUUCAGUGGGUGAAGUUCUGACUGAGCGAUGACGACAUCGACGACGGUGCGUAUCGUCCAGACGGAUCCUUACGAGGACUCGCUGGUGUUGUGGGACCCUGCGAACACCAGCGAGAUCGGCUUGGAGACGAGCACGAGCCACGACGAGGCAGGGCAAUUCAACAAUUGGUGGGCGAUGCUGGCGCUCCUCGUGCUAGGGACAGCCGCGGGGAAUAUCCUGGUGUGCAUGGCGAUCACCUGGGAGAAGCGGCUCCAGAACGUCACUAAUUAUUUCCUAAUGAGCUUGGCCAUCACGGAUCUCAUGGUUGCCGUCUUGGUAAUGCCGCUGGGUAUCCUUACCCUCGUCCGAGGAUAUUUUCCGCUGUCGUCGGUUUAUUGCCUGGCCUGGAUUUGCCUCGACGUCCUGUUUUGUACCGCGAGCAUAAUGCACUUGUGCACUAUAAGCGUGGACCGCUACCUGAGUCUGCGCUAUCCAAUGAAGUUCGGGCGCAACAAGACCAGACGAAGAGUAAUCUUGAAGAUUAUCAUCGUGUGGCUCCUCAGCAUCGCCAUGAGUUUACCCCUGAGCUUAAUGUACUCCAAGCGGCUGCUCGUUAAAUACGAGGAGUUGAAGUGUAAGAGCCGCGUCUGCAGCUGUGAGCCGGGCGUACGCUCGUCUUGGUGA